AUGGAUACCACCGACCCCGACACCAGCCCUCCUGGCGUCGUGGAGGAUGCCUGGCAUAUUCUCUACAAUCCCUUCCGUGCCACCAUCAAUGUUGACGAGAACCAUCCCGGAAACCCCAUCAAAAUGUUUCUCCUGCAGCCUCUCUAUGCGCCUCUUCUAUUCUCUAAUGUUUCCUCUGAUGCCCGCGACCACUGUGCCAACGAACGAACAUUUUUAUCCUGGCUCCGAUUGUCCGUCUACAUGGCGGUGGUCGCUGUCGCCAUCUGCAUCAACUUUCAUCUGAAGAGCCAGCCCACUUCCCUGGAAGAGCGGCUGUCCCACCCGCUCGGUAUCAUUUUCUGGGUCCUUUCUCUGGCAUGUCUGGCGAGUGGAUUGGGCAUCUACAUGCGGACAGUGACGAAAUACGCGAGACGACGGGCGUUGGUUCAGACAGGAGUCAAGACCCAAAUCAUCUUUGGGGUAGUCUCGACUGCUAUUAUUGCCGCUUGUGCCUUGUUCUUGGGGGCGGAAGCGCAGGCUUCAAGACAAAGGCGGGCUGCAGCCGCGGCGAAUGUAUUGUACCGUACCUAG